AUUAUCUGUUUCGGGCGUUGAGUAUUGCGAGAAUUUUCCCGACAAACUGUUUCUCGAAAUAAAGUGAAUAAUCGUUAACUUCGGAAUAUUGUAUUCCAAUCGUAUUGAAAGUGAAAUACAUUAUUAUAAAUAAAAAUGGUUGACUACAGCAAAUGGAAAGACAUAGAAAUUUCUGAUGAUGAAGAUGAGACCCAUCCUAACAUUGAUACUCCUUCGCUGUUCCGUUGGCGGCAUCAAGCCCGAAUCGAGCGCAUGGAAGAACGCCGCAAAGAAAGAGAUGAGCACAUGCAAAAGAAAACCGAGAACUUAAGACUGUUAAACGAAACGAGGAAAAAGAUAUCAGAAGCUGGUUCUAGUACGGAUCUCAGCUCUCUUAGGAAGGCACUAGCAGAUCUUGAAAGAGAAGAAAAACAACUGAAACAAAAAGAAGAGGAACUCAUGAAAAAGGACCGGCAGACGCCGUGGAACGUGGAUACGAUCAGUGAGCCGGGCUUUACCAAAACCGUCAUCAACACAAAGCCGGCGCGACCCAAAGAUGAGAACCUUACUGAGGAGGAAAAGGAGGCUAAGAUGAAGAAGUUUAUCAAAGAGAAUGAAAAACUAUUGAAGCAGUUUGGAAUGCUGCGUCGCUAUGAGGACUCGAGGCAAUUCCUGCAGGAAAACAGUCAGCUAGUAUGCGAGGAAACUGCCAACUAUCUUGUCAUCUGGUGUAUCAACCUUGAAAUGGAAGAGAAACAUGAUUUGAUGGCCCAUGUUGCUCAUCAAACCAUCUGCAUGCAGUACAUAUUGGAGCUGUCUAAACAACUGGAUGUGGAUCCCAGAGCCUGCGUUGGCUCAUUCUUUUCAAAGAUUCAAAUCGCAGAGAAGACUUACAAAGACUCAUUUGAUGAUGAACUUGAGCAGUUCAAGGCUAGGAUUAAGAAACGAGCAGCGGAGAAAAUCAAUGAGGCAAUUAGGGAACAGGAGGAGGAGGAGAGGAAGGCCAGGCUUGGCCCCGGAGGCCUGGACCCUGUGGAGGUGUAUGAGGAGUUACCUGAUGAAUUAAAGAAGUGUUUUGAUGCACAAGAUGUCCCAUUACUUCAAGCCACUAUAGCUAAGAUGCCAGAGCAAGAAGCUAUAUACUACAUGAAGAGGUGCGUGGAUGCCGGUCUCUGGGUCCCUGGUAAAAACAGUGAUGAUGAACCAACCAUGAAAGACAAUGCCGGGGGAGCUGCCCAAGCUGGUGACAAUGCCGCAACACCUCCCAUCAACACAGAUGAUCUUGACUGAUUACUCAAGUCACACUAUGCUAGCAUUUAGGCAUAAACCUACUGAAGAUCAUAAGAUUACUAACACCUCAAUUUCAGUAAUUUAUUAUGCCCUGGACAUAAGUUAGACUAAGUUUAUGUUAGUAUUAAUUUUGUAUUUCAAAUUAAAAGUGAUCUUAUGGAGGGGAAUAGAUUGUAUUACAGGAAAGAGAAAAUAUCUUAUCAGGUCAGGAACUUGAAACUUGCUUAUUGAUUACUUGAGUGCUGUUAGAAUGAUAGUUUGUCUUUCUAUGUACAAUAUUUUCGGGAAGUUUACCCCAUGAGAUUUUACAUUAUAUGUUAUAUAUCGCUA